CGGUGGCCCGGGGCAGCGGCCACCGCGGCGGCCUGCGCGCCCCUGGUGCUCGGAGCCGCAGCCGGCGCUCGGCGGCGCCGGUCGGGCGGCGGAGGGAGGCCCUCCGUGGCGGUCCGGGUGGCCACGGCGGGUGCUCCGUCGGCCCGCGCGGAGGAGACUGCCUUCUCCUGGCGGAGCUACGGGGCCGACUGGGAGGUGCACAAGUUCGGGGGGGCCUCCCUCAACGACGCGGCCCUGUACCGGACGUGCGGGGACCUCCUCGUCGCCCAGGCCUCCCGGGAGGCCGGCAGGUGGAUCCCCACGGCGGCGAUCGUGUCCGCCGCCGGCGGGAUGACGGACGCGCUGGUGUCGGUGAUCACCACGGCGGUGCACGACAGGGACGCCGCGGCCGCGCAGCUGCGGGCCGCCGUCGCGCGCCAGGUGGGCAUCACGCUGGAGCUGGUGCCGGGCAGGCCAGAGCUGACGGACCCAGUGGUGGCCAGCCUGGAGUCGGACGGUGAGAGCGUGGGCUCGCUGCUGGCCACCAUGGCGCUGAUGCGGGGAGUGCCUCCCCAGAUGCUGGAGAGCUGGUCGCUGGGCUCGGCGAGGUCUGGUCCGCGCAGACGCUCGCCGCGUACCUGA